CGCGGUUCCCUGGUGAAUCUUGCCUCUGCGCUUGACUGUCUGCGUUCACGGGCAACAAAAAAAGACAAUACUUUGUCCAACACAACACCACCACUUUCCCAAGCUUUCCCUUUUCCCUUUCCAUCUACAAAUAAAAAAAGAAUCAUAGAGAAUACGCCUACUUCACACACACACACAGCUUUCAUCAUGGCAUCACCUGCUGAGGCGUUGUCGCGAGGUUUCCUCGACGCCAUCUUCACCGACAAGGACAAGGCAGAGGCUCUUUACCCCGUCCCUGUUAUGCAAUGUCUGCAAAUCAAGCCCAUGGCCCAGUCCGCUGCCCAGGGUGGCGAAAGAUACCGCCUUGUCAUGAGCGAUGGUGACAACUACGUCCAGGCCGUCCUCGCUGCCGCAGCCAAUGCUGCUGUGCGUGAUGAUAUUCUCAAGCGCGGCAGUCUUGUUCGCAUCCACGGAUACACCACCAACACCACCAACAACAAGCACAUUAUCCUCAUCCUGACGCUCGAUGUCAUCACACAAUUCGGCGAAGUCGAGAAGAUUGGCGACCCUAGCCCCCUCAACAAAAUCGCCCCCGAAGCGACUACAAUCUCUGGCAACGACUUCUACGGAGCCAAGAAGGAGACCAGCGCCGCGCCACAGUCGAUGCCCUCACGCCCAGCCCCUAGCAACAACGCGGCCAUGGGCAACAUUCACCCUAUUGAGGGCCUCUCUCCUUACUCUCACAAGUGGACCAUCAAGGCCCGUGUUACCUCCAAGUCCGACAUUAAGCGCUGGCACAAGGCGUCUGGCGAGGGCAAGCUCUUCAGUGUGAACCUUUUGGACGAGAGUGGCGAGAUCAAGGCCACUGGCUUCAACGACCAAUGCGACAUGUUCUUCGAUAUGCUGCAGGAAGGCUCUGUCUACUACAUCUCCGCGCCAUGCAGAGUGCAAAUAGCCAAGAAGCAGUUCUCCAACCUUUCCCACGACUAUGAGAUGACCUUUGAGAAUGGUACCUCGAUUGUCAAGGCUGAGGACCAGUCGAGCGUCCCCCAGAUGCGUUUCAAUUUCUGCAACAUUCAAGAUUUGCAAAACGUGGAAAAGGACAACACUGUCGACAUUAUCGGUGUCCUGAAGGAGGUUGGCGAGGAGUCCCAGAUCACGUCCAAGAAGACUGGCCAGCCCUUCUCCAAGCGUGAUUUGACUAUUGUCGACGACACGGGAUACUCUGUACGCGUAACAGUCUGGGGUGCCAUGGCCAGCUCCUUUGAGGCUCCCACCGAGUCUGUCCUGGCUUUCAAGGGCACCAAGGUGUCCGACUUCAACGGCAAAAGUCUAAGCCUGCUUUCAUCCGGCACCAUGUCUGUCGACCCUGAUAUUAGUGACGCCCACCGCCUCAAGGGCUGGUACGACUCAACUGGCCGCACGGACUCGUUUGCCACUCACCAGAACACGUCUGGCAUGGGAACUGCCGGUGGCCGCAAGGACGAGCUCAAGACCAUUGCCCAGGUCAAGGAAGAGAACAUUGGUGUUGACGACCAGCAGUACUACUCGAUCAAGGCCACGAUUGUCUUUAUUCGCAAUGAAAACUUUGCCUAUCCCGCUUGCCCCCGCGAGGAAUGCAAAAACAAGAAGGUGGUUUCCAUGGGCGAUGGCACAUGGCGCUGUGAGAGCUGCGACUCGACACACGACCGUGCCGAGUACCGCUACAUCAUGUCGAUCAAUGUUGCCGACCACACAAAUCACCAGUGGCUCAGCUGCUUUGACGAGACUGGCCGCACUAUUAUGGGCAUGUCGGCCACGGAGCUCACCGAGAUCCAGCAGACAGACGACGCCCGCUUCAAGAGCAUUUUUGAGUCUGUCAACUGCCAGACUCUCAAGUUCCGCUGCCGCGCAAAGAUGGACACCUAUGGUGGCGCUCAAAAGAUGCGUUACCAAGUGUUUAGCGCCACACCUGUGGACUACACCAGCGAGAGCAAGAGACUGCUAGAUCUCAUUAAGCAAUACGACUAAAAUAAGCAAAUUUUGUAGAAACGAAGCGGGGUGGGCAACGGGGAGUGAGAAAAAAAGUUGUUUUUGUCAACAAGGGCAUACUCUUGUGCCAUAUGUUUAAUGAGAUGUAUUGAUGUUGGGACAGGUGGCUGCUGCAUGUAAUUGGCACGUGGAAAGCCGAAAACCAUGACAUUGUACGAGCUUUACAUUUUAUUUUAACGAGUCUGAUUCUAUGUACCGUAUACCUCGUGGGAUAUCAUGAAUACCGUGUGGAUGCCAAAAAAACAAGCCCAAUUCAAUAAGCAACAAAUGCGUAAUAAUCGUCAUCGCUAGUCCUCUUUUUUGUUUGUUUAGAUGCCCAUGGGCUCAUGCUUCCAGGGCUUUUGGCCCUCGCCAGAGCCGUACUGCGCAGUAGGCUGAUAAUCGCCGCGAAUCUUGUAUUUGUAGAUUGUCAGGCCCUCGAGGCCAACAGGGCCACGCGAGUGAAUCUUGUUGGUGCUGAUGCCGACCUCGGUGCCGAAGCCGUAGCGCAUGCCGUCCGCCAGACGAGUCGAAGCGUUCCAGUACGCACCCGCGGUGUCGACCUGGUUCAUGAAGCGCUCAGCCUCGUCCUUGUCCGAGGUCAAGAUGCAGUCUGUGUGGUGCGAGCCGUGGGUGUUGAUAUGUGCCACGGCAGCAUCGACGUUAGGAACCGCCUUGACAGACAUAGUCAGCGAGAGAUGCUCCGUGUCAUAAUCCUCGGGGACAGCAUCUGUAAUGUUAGGCAAGUUGAGGGACGCAAGAGCCGCCUUUGUCGCAGCGUCGCAGCGCAACGCGACGCCCUUGGCCGAAAGACCCGCCGCAACAGCAGGGAAGACCGUCUGCAGCGCGGCCUCCUGGACAAGCAGCGUCUCGGCACUGUUACAUGCGGCGGGGUAGCUCGUCUUGGAGUCGACGACGAGGCCGACAGCCUUUUCGGUGUCGGCCGAAGCAGUGAGGUAGAUGGAGCAGAUGCCGUCAGCGUGGCCGAGGACGGGGAUCUUGGUGGACUCCUUGAUGUAGCGGACGAGCUCGUUGGAGCCGCGGGGGAUGACGAGGUCGAUGUAGCGGUCCUGGGCGAGCAGACUGGCAAUGGCGUCGCGGGUGGUGACGAGCUGGAUGGCGCCGUUGGGGACCUGUGUGUUUUGCAGGGCGGCCGAGAUGACGCUCGAGAUGGCGACAAAGGACUCGGUGGAUUCUUUGCCGCCCUUGAGGAUUGCGGCGUUGCCGGACUUGAUGGCUAAGCUGGCAAUGUUGGCAAUGACUUCGGGGCGGGCUUCGAAGAUGAUGAGGAGCACGCCGAUGGGGCAUGAGACGCGCUCCAUGAUGAGGUUGUCGUCGAGCUUGGUGCGCAUCUGGAUCUUGCCGA